ACCUCCCAGCAAACCUUGCGCCGUAGAAGGUUGGGCUUCGGGUUGCCAUAGGAACAGACAAACAGCCCUAUCUCCGUUGUGUGGAUUUGGCUUCCUCAGCUGAACUGUGGUUUUGGUUCCGCAGAGCUCCCGCGGCCGGUCUUGAAAGGUGGCCGCUCCUGGGGAGUAUGCACAAUGUCUUCCUUAUCAUCUGCAAGAAUCUCAUCUACACCAGCAUCUUUAGUUGCAUUAAGUGCCAGAAGGACAGAAUCCCAUGAUAUUCCUAAUAUUAUCAAUCUUAUGAAAUAUGAUACAGAAAGAUUGUUUGGCAGGAUUAAUGUCAUAUAUCUUUUAGAAAAAUCUAAUCUUGCAGUGACUGUGAUUAAUGACAAAAAUGUAAGUGUUGCUCAUGCUGCAUUUUUGGAUUAUCCUAACUGGGGUGUUGUCGAUGAAGCUAAUUGGGAAGCAUACAUGAAACAAAACUAUCCUGAGACAAAGUGUACACCUUUAAAUACACUAUUUAUGCAUCUAUUUGUAGCAACUGAUGAAUAUGCAGUCAAUUAUUGUCAGGAAAUUAUGAAGACUGUUUUUAAAACUGUACCAGAAUUACAUUUCAUAUUUCUCUUCAUACCAUUUCAAGAAGAAUUGGGUAUAGAUUUGGCAGUAGCUUUUGAGCCCAUGAGGAAUCCUGUUAAUUCAUCUCUGAUUAUGGAAUAUAGCCUCCAUGUGUGUCACAGGCAUCGCUAUUGUCCCCAGUUGUAUAUUCGCUGUGCCAGGGUAGAAGACCAUGAUGAUCUCACCCCAAUCUUUUCACGGCAUAAUGAUACUCUAAGGCAAACCUAUGGUGACUAUUUCCUCGCUGAACUGAUAGAAGCUCAAGAUGAAAAUAAUCUUGCUGUAGUUUGUGAGGAUAAUGGCAUAGCAGUGGGGUUCAUGAGUAUAUGUUCUGAAGUGAAUGUACAACUGCUUCAUGACUGCUUUGACUUGAGACUUUUCCAUGGACUUUGCAAACCACAUCCAGAUGAUAUUCUUAAACCACCAUGCAUUUCAAGUGAAAUUACAGGUGAUGAAAACAUUAGUUUAGGAAGUCAAAGAGAAGAGAUUAUGGAUACCCAGAAUAUAGAUAUCCAGAGAACCAGCAAAAUUGGAAGCAUCUUUUCUCAAGUUUCAAAUGCAAGUGCAGCACUAUCUAAAGAAAGUAUUCAGGCAAGUCCUCUGAAUCUGAUAUUUUGGACUCUUAAUCUUUUAUAUCUUACUUAUUUAUAUUGUCUGCAUCUACUGGAUUGCUUUGAAAGAUCUGAAUCCAAACAGAAGGAUUCUGUUAAUUGGAAUAUUACAGAAUUUCCAAUUGGAAAUUCAUACAGGCAUCAAACGGAGCUGGAAAGUUCACAGAUAAAUGAAACCAAGCCUCUCUUUUUUUAUUUCUUAUUGCAGAAAGAGGGAAUACUUGCUCAGAUUUCAUUAGAACUGCCAUUAGAAAGUGACCAGAGUAAGGAUCUGAAAGCAACUGAAACACCAUCUACUACUAGUUUUGAAAGACAACUUUUCCAUCCUAUAUAUAAAGGAGAAGUAAAUGCAUUUUGUAUCCAGCUCUUUUGUAUUGAUGAGCAACAUGAAACAAGGUCACUGGAUUUCUUACAUUUUGUUUUUGAACUUUUCCCAGACAAAGACUUCUGCAUCAUCACAGUGCCACAUAUGGUCCCUGAAUUUCACCUGAUUCAGAAUUUUGUUAGGAUUAUUCCCUUCUGCAAUUGUACACUGGAUCAGGAGCUAUAUGUAUUUCACCGAUCUGGAUUGCUCAAGUCUUUUGGUGUAAGAGCAGCAAAAUCUACUGAUGUCUUUGCCAUUAAAAGACUAAUCCAAACCCUGGAAUUAAACAUAGCUAUAUUGGAUGACCUAAAUAAUUACUUAUCAGCACGAAGAGAUCCAGAUGGGACACCAGUUCAGGCAUUUGUAGCAGAGGUUUUGAAUCAAAUCGUUGGAAUAUCUAUUAUUAGAAAUGAAAUGGACAUCGAAUAUAUUCGCUCACAUUACAACAUUGAAGAUUUUAUCUAUUUCAGUCAUUAUCAGCAGGAAGAACAUGGCCAUCUUUACCAUUUUUCUCUCAAUCCAAUUUUUCAUCAUUAUGCCAAACAUUUUAUGAAGGAGAUACUUCGGUUAGCCUACAAAUCUUGCCUCUAUUAUCCUAUUUAUUCCCAACCUAUAGAAGGCAAGUACCAGAAUCCCUAUGCCCAUUCCCUGACAUCUGCCCUACAUUACAUGGUUCCCGUGCGACCAAGACGACAGAUUGUCUAUCCUCUGGAAAAGCUUGGCAUAAAUGCUCCAUCAAAACAAGUCUCUAAGGACCAGUUAAAGUAUGCACUGUAUCAUUUCAAUCGGAAAUUGUCCUUGGAGCCCAAGGUAUCUGUCAAUUGUAGAAUAGUAGUUGUUGGAUCAUCAAAUGUAGGAAUCUCCUUCCUGGAGACACUGAUUUUUUGCCCACACCUGAAAUUCAACAACCUUACAUUGAUUUCAGCUCAUGGCCUUCCAGGGAAAGAUGAAUCAAAUAAUCUGCAUAAGCAUUUUUUAAUUAACAGUUAUUGUUUUAAUGAAGAUGAUUAUGCACUGAUGUCACUUGGUUCAUGGAUUAAUGUUGUGGCUGGAAAAAUGAUUGCUAUAAACAGGUCUGCAAAACAUAUAACAGUUUCCAAGGAGAAAAAAGUGCCAUAUGAUCAUCUCAUUCUCUGCACUGGCCAACAGUAUCAGGUCCCAUGUCCUAGUGGUGCAGAUAUCAAAAAAUUAUUAACCAACAGAGAGGUAUCAACAAAUUAUAAACAAAGAUACAUAGGAGUAGUGCCCUCCAAUCUUUUUAUUAUUUCUGAUGAUGAAGAUGCAUUAGCAGCAAUGAAGUGGCUAAAAGAAAAAGUGAUUGAUUCCACAGGGAAUAUUAUUGUCUAUGGGAAUACAAUUGAUGUGUACACCACUAUAGAAUCCCUCUUAUCAUUAGGAAUUAGUGGCUAUUGUAUACAUCUUGUGCACCCUCCCUCAAAUUCCAAUAUUACUUCUCUCAAUAACAACGCAAUAGAAAGAGCUAUCAAGAAAGCAUUGUCCAGAUCUCGUGUAACUGAAUACCAUGACAGUCUAUUGGCUCAGUGGAAUGAUGGCAGUCACCCAGAUCCAAUCACAUGUGCAUCUUUCACUACAAAUACAAAGCCAUUUAAGUUGCAAUGUUCUGCAUUCUUUAACUUUACCAAAAGAAGAGUGGAUUAUGAGACUUUCAAAGCAGUUAAUGAUGCAUGCCUUGUCUAUGAUGGGAGGCUUGUGAUUGAUACCAACUUCCAUACUAAUGAUGUGAGCAUCAGGGCUGCAGGUCCUUUAACCAAAUUUUCCAAUAUAUACUAUGCUAAUGAAUGGACACACAGCAAUUUCAGCUCAAAAGAAGUUGGUUUUCAGCUUGCUGCAACCAUGCUGAAUCUUUUUGAUCCAACUCUAGAGCCAAUUUUUGAACCUCCAGAAGAUUUAGAUAGACUAAUUCCUAUGUACAAGGGAUGCAAAAUUCAAGGUGGUAUUCUACCUGGAAAAUAUAAUUAUGUGCAUGUUUUUAAACCUGGGAUUCCUGCCCGCUUGGAUGUACAAGAAUCACAACCUGAUUAUGGGAUGGCAAUCACAACAGGAGAUGCAGUAAAGGGAACUUACUUCAGAAUACAUGUCAACCAAUACAGCAGAAUAGAAACCAUUACUUGCUUUUCAAAGGAACCUAUUCCUGUUUCCAACUACAUAUCUUUAUUUGGACACCAUGAACGUCUUCUUAAUAAUCUUUGUUCUCGCUGGAGGGAGGGACUGAUCUCAAAUCUCUAUAGCUACUUUAAGGAACCUUGGGCCUUGGCCAUCUAUCACGAUCGUUUUAGUGAUCUGAAGAAGGAACUACGUCAGAUCUUAGUAUCUGCCCAGGAAGAAGAUAUGCCUUCAAUGCAAGAACUUGUGCGUCAAAUAGUAGAAGGUGAAAUUUCAUUACUUGAAAGGCCAAAGACAUAUCUCAAACAAUCCUUUAAACAAAGUAUAUGCAAUAACAUGGUACAAAAAAGCAUUCUCAAUUAUCUGAAUUAUAAUAAUUAUCAUUUACCAAUGUUUGCCUGGCCAGGAAUAGUUUAGGUAUAAAUGACUAAAUAUGAUUAUUUUGCAAUGAAUAUACAAUUCAGCAAAGUGUUUAGGAAUGAAGUGUAAAUAGUUAAGCUCUAACUUUUUAUGAUUAGCCAAUGAAUAAGAUAGAGCUUGCCAUUCAAGUAUCCAUGCUAUUUGUACAUGUUAAAUAAUUAAAAAUAAAAACAAAACCACCAAACUAUACUGUUAGACAAUGGUACAUAACCAUGCAUGCAGAUAUAUUAAAAUAAUAAAAUCAAAUAUAGUUCUAUUUAUCUGAUCUGAGGCCAACAUCAAUAAAUAAGAUAUAUCUAAGUGAUACAAACGCAAUGAUGAAGUAAAAUAAAGUAUUUCAUUUCAUCAA